AUGGCUGCUGCUCUCUCCUACCGAGUUUACAAGAAUGCUCUUCUCUUCUCUGCCCUCUUGACCGCUGCUCGGGCCCAGCAAGUGGGCACUCAGCAAGCCGAAACACACCCAUCCUUGACCUGGUCCAAAUGCACCAGCGGUGGUAGUUGCUCUACAGUGACCGGUCAGGUCGUUGUCGACGCGAACUGGCGUUGGGUCCAUACUGUGAACGGCUACACCAACUGCUAUACGGGCAAUAAGUGGGACACCUCGAUCUGUCCAGACGAUGUGACCUGCGCGGCUGCCUGCGCUGUGGAUGGUGCCAACUACGAACAAACUUACGGCGUCACUACCAGUGGUGACGAGCUGCGAUUGAACUUUGUCACCACCUCAACCAGCAAGAACAUUGGCUCCCGUCUGUACUUGAUGGAGGAUGAGAGUACCUAUGAGAUGUUUGAUCUGCUGGGUCAAGAAUUCACUUUUGAUGUGGAUGUCUCCAAUCUCCCAUGCGGUCUGAAUGGCGCCCUUUACUUCGUGGCAAUGGAUUCGGAUGGUGGUAUGGCCCGAUUCCCCACAAACAAGGCUGGUGCCAAAUACGGAACCGGAUACUGCGACUCUCAGUGCCCACGAGACCUGAAAUUCAUCGACGGCCAAGCUAAUGUUGAGGGGUGGGUGCCAUCGACCAACGAUGUCAAUUCUGGCAUUGGUAACCAUGGCUCCUGUUGCGCAGAGAUGGAUAUUUGGGAAGCCAACUCCAUCUCGAAUGCCGUGACUCCUCAUCCCGCCGAUCGCUAUGGCGGUACUUGUGACCCGGAUGGAUGUGACUUCAACCCCUACCGCAUGGGUAACCAUUCGUUCUUCGGACCGAGUAUGAUUGUUGAUACUACUUCUCCCUUCACUGUGGUGACUCAGUUCAUUACGGACGAUGGUACCAGUACGGGCGCCCUGAGCGAAAUCAAACGCUUCUAUGUUCAGAACGGAAAGGUGAUUCCACAGUCUCAGUCCACUAUCAGUGGUGUGAGUGGCAACUCGAUCACCUCGGAUUUCUGCACAGCUCAAAAGAAAGCCUUUGGGGAUGAAGAUGUCUUCACUACCCAUGGAGGCUUGGAGGGCAUGGGCGCCGCACUUGCAGAUGGCAUGGUUUUAGUCAUGAGUCUCUGGGAUGAUCACAACUCCAACAUGCUUUGGCUUGACAGCACUUACCCGACCACCGACUCCUCGACCACCCCCGGGGCUGCACGCGGCAGUUGUGAUAUCUCAUCUGGUGUCCCCGCAGAUGUGGAGGCCAAUGAUGCGAAUGCCACUGGUGCUGCUCACUACGCCCAGUGUGGCGGUAUCGGCUGGACUGGCGCAACCACUUGUGUCAGCCCGUACACCUGCACUAAGCAGAACGAUUACUACUCCCAGUGCUUGUAG